ACCAGUGGACGGUAUAAAAACGACGAAGCAGACAGUUAAUGAAGUUAGUAGUUAAUUCGAUUUUGUUCGCACAAAAUGAACUCAUCAGUCGUGCAGUUUCUCAUUUUGUUUGCAUGCUCAAUCAGCUAUGCUUGCGCCACAACAACAUAUCGGAUGUGUGUACCGCAUCAUAUCAUGGAUGCUUGUAAAGAAGUAGCCUCUAAAUCGAGCAGUGAUGUUCAAUUCGAAUGUGUAGCUGGCAGAGAUAGAAUGGAAUGCCUGGAUAAGGUGCUAAAUCGACAGGCCGACUUUUUAGCUGCUGAUCCGGAAGACAUGUACAUUGCGUUCAAUCUCAAGAAUGAAGAUUUUUCCAUUUUUUCUGAACUGAGAACGAGAGAGGAACUCGGGGCGGAGUUCCGUUACGAAGGCAUUAUUUUAACGAGAAAAAAUAACGGCAUCAACAGCAUGGCGGAUUUAAGGGGAAAGAAGUCAUGCCAUACAGGUUUCGGACGUAAUGUUGGCUACAAGAUCCCGAUCACCCGAUUGAAGAAAAAUGGUGUCCUCAAAAUUAGUCCCGAUCCAACGCUAUCAUCGGUCGAAAAGGAAUUGAAGGCGCUGUCCGAAUUCUUUACGGCAUCAUGCAUCGUUGGAAAAUAUUCAGCAGAUAGUGAGGUCAACCAUAACUUAAAACAAAAGUAUCCCAACUUGUGUGCAUUGUGUGAAGAUCCUGCCAAAUGCGACUACCCUGAUAAAUUUUCCGGCUACGAUGGAUCAAUCAGAUGUCUGGUCGAUAACGGUGGCGAUAUUGCUUUCACAAAAGUAAUUUACGUUCGUCGGUUCUUCGGUCUUCCAAUCGGUAACAAUCCUGCAACAACUGUGGCUCUAGCUGAUCCAGACGACUAUGAAUAUUUAUGUGAAGAUGGUAGUCGUCGACCGGUAACUGGAACAGCUUGUACAUGGGCGAAAAGACCAUGGCAAGGAUUCAUGUCGAAUGCUGACGCUAAUUCAAAUGUGGCACAACUGCAGAGCAGUCUGCUGAAUUGGUACACCAACGGACUGAAUAAUGUAGACAAAGCAGUUGCUAGUAAAUUGUGGAUUACUGACAAAUAUUCGGUUGUGCCUAAAACUGAUCUAGCUUUUCCCGGUGAUCACUUGAUCAGUGCAAACUACAAAGACGUUAUUGAAAGGGACGGAAGUACUUCGCAAAAAAUUCGACUUUGUGUUAAGAGCGAGGCUAAGAGCGACAUUGAAAUGCGAAAAUGUGGAAUACUGAAACAGGCUGCCUAUUCUCGGGACAUUCGUCCAGAAUUUUACUGCGUGGAAAGUAACGACUGCAUACAAACGGUUCAUGAAAGUAAUGCAGAUGCAGUAGUGUUACAUCCGAACGACUUUUUUCGAGCCCAUGAUAACGAGCUUAAAAAAAUUAUGAAAGAAGUAAUAGAUCCAGAGAGUGUUUAUGUCGUUGUGGCCGAUAAAAAUAUCAAUUCCGACGUGCUGAAAAAGAUGAAUGUUAAAUUCGACAAAUCAGACAUGAGGGCCGUUGAUGUAGCACUUACAUUUAAUCGAGCCCGGAAUAUCGAAACGGAUAUCGAAGACAUUCCAUCAGCCUCUAAUUCUCAAAUCGAAAUCGUUCAUUCAAGCCGUCUAUCCGACGAAAAGUAUUUAGACAAGCAGUUGAUCUGUCCCGAUUUCACCACUAAGGACCUUAGCGAAGCAAACACAUGCAAUUUCGAUGGCAGAUACACGCGCGGCAUAUUUGUACGAAACAGUUUAGGCGGAACGGAAUUGGAAAGUAUUGUACACGGUUUCAAGUCAUUGUCAGACCAGUUCGGUCAUGGCGGAAAUUUGGAGAAUGUUUUCGAGUUGUUCGGAGAAUUUGAGCCAGGUGCAAAGAACGUUAUUUUCACUGAUGAUGCGAAAAUGUUGGAAAACGAUGACGAUGUUAAUGUUUUAUCAAAGACAUAAGUCUCUUUCAUAUAAAAAUUUGGUGAAACUGAACAAAAUUGUGUUCAGCAAUUAAAAUACGAAUAAAAGUUACUGA